AUGGAGUCGGAGGUGAUCAACUCACAAUCGCAUUUGGGUAUCAACCGGGCUGAAAAAUAUCGCGUCAAUUACCGAAGAGAAACCGUGUGUGCUCCACUCAUCACAGGGUCCAGGUUCGCCCGAGAUGUGAACGGAAGCGAAGCAGAGACUUUCGGGUGGGAAGACAACGUUCUGGUCAAGUAUCUAUAUGGGAACCUGCAAUCUCGGAAUUAUACGCAUAUCUAUAACAAGUAUGGACAGAACAUGCACACUGGAUAUGGCACUGGAGUCUACGUCUCAUUCGCCCACAGAACCGACAACUUCUGGACACCGAUAGAUGCGUUGGCCCUCGACCACAGGGAUAUCACACUGAUGUUCAUCGCACCCAACUCAGUCCUUCAUCUGCAACCAAAUGACGAUCCUGUUUUUGGAGCCAAUAUUCCUGUGGAUACUGAGGGUGGUACCACUUACUAUCAACCCGACCGAUACGUAAGCCCUAUUGCUUGUGCCGACAGGCAUGAGAUUUGCAAUCCCAAUAACGGCAUCUGCACUUCUCUGGUAGGAAGUGGCGAGAUUAUGUCUAGCGCGCGAGAAGAGCGUUUGGAGCUCGAUCCGGUACAACUGGCAACUGUAGAGCGACUGUUAUUCCAUCUUUCGAUAUCAUCAUUCUACCAUUUGAUAUGGACACGCACACAGAGCUUUCUCGAGGCACAAGAGUUGGUGGCGGAAUUGAUGCAGCUCAAAUUGCCUUCCGACCAGUGGAAGAGGGAGAUGGGACGCCUUUUCGCCGAUGCUCUGUCCAAGCUACAGCACCAAGUGACGGAGUAUGCCACGGGCCCCUCAAUUGCUGUGCCAGGAUCGAUCUUCAAAGCUUGGAAUGCCAGCGCAAACAGCUCGGAAGCCCAAGAGCAGGUACAAGUUGCACACGAAGCCAUGUGUAAGUCUCAGAUUACCAGGGAUGCCCAGGGGACACUCAACUUUUCCAUCUUGGGACUAUCGCUUCUACUAGCAGUGGGAUUCGUAAUUAUUGGACUCUCGUUUGUCCUGGAACCCACGACGAUCUUUCUGCAGAAGAAAUCAGGAUACGGAGCGACAAAAGCUAAGAGAUGGGAGCGAGAUGAAAAUCUGCAAGUCAUGCGCAUGCUGUUUGAGUUGAGAUAUGCGGGCAGAUGGAAGGGAAGAACGGACUCUUUCCCGACUACUGUUUCGAAGGACCGAUUCAGAUAUGAUGCGGAGUAUCUUGGAGAGGAGCAAAUGUACCAGGAAAUCCGGCACAAUGCAGGCGGUGUCAAGUCUUGA